CGAUAAUCUAGAAGUCGAUCUGGUUCAAACCACUAUCGUUGGGUAUGCGUGUUCUUUCCCAUAUUUGGCAGUUUAUGAAGAACUUGUGCAACUUGUAUAACAAGUUUCAGUUCUAUAUAACACCUUGAAUAACCUUGGAUUUUAACAGAUACAUCGACUGUCAAUUGAGGACAACUGUGUGACAAGAUGAGUUAUAGACGGGUGUGCUAACGGACUAAAUACUAUAGUCCUAUAAAAGCCUGGGUCAAUAUGAUUUAAAAUAGAACGUGUAAUUUAUAAUUUUUUAUACUAUAUCAGCGUUUUUUCCUUAUGUCGUAUACAGCAACCAGUUGUAUAAACUUCAUGUCUAUAGAAUGUUCUCGUGAAUUUCGUCUUUUUGUUGUUCUGUUCGGUGUAGUUUUAGUACUUCUUUAUGUUUUUUUUUGAAUUUAUGUUCUGUAUGGGUGUUGUAUUUUGCGAGGCACGUUAAGAUUUUGGCCAGAGUAGGUAUAUUGCUCUGUAAAUAAGCAGUCUAUUUUAUAUGGGUGAGGCUCUACGACGAUGCCUGUGUCUGGAGAUCUGUAACUUGGGCCAGAGUUGGCCUAUUAAACAGACAUCCGGUACAAAAGUUACGAAAUUUAUUUAUACACCUUAAUUUACAAUUAUGAAUCGUUCAUUGAACCAUUGUUUCUUUAGUAGAGCGUUUGUUGAAUCAACAAAAUGAAGUUCGUUAUAAUUUGUCUUGCUCUGUGCCUCCACCAAGCGGUUGUACAUGCUGGGGAAUGUUUCGAUGGUUCGUCACGAGAUGGCGUUGGAAACAUGACAGUCGUUACUUGUGACUUUCCAGAGGAAUCCUGUGCCACCAAGAUCGAGUUAAACCAUGGUGUUACCAUCCUGACCAGGGGAUGUCUGCAAACAAAAGCUUGUUCUAGCAACAUUGCAAACAAUCAGCAGCAAUGUUACUCUGAAAUUGCUAUAGAGAAUGAGGUACAGUUGUGCUACUUCUGUUGCAACAAUGUGGACCUUUGUAACAACUUUGUAGCAAUCCCACCUGCCUCUGGUGAACCUCCAAUCGCUACUUUGCCAGGUUUAGCAGCUACACUGCCAAUUGAUUUCGUCACACUACCUACUGAUGCCGUCACACUACCAACUGAUGCCGUCACACUACCUACUGAUGCCGUCACACUACCAACUGAUGCCGUCACACUACCAACUGAUGCCGUCACACUACCAACUGAUGCCGUCACACUACCAACUGAAGCCGUCACACUACCUACUGAUGCCGUCACACUACCUACUGAUGCCGUCACACUACCAACUGAUGCCGUCACACUACCAACUGAAGCCGUCACACUACCUACUGAUGCCGUCACACUACCAACUGAUGCCGUCACACUACCAACUGACCUUUGAUGCCGUCACACUACCAACUGCAGCAGUUACACUACCUACUGAGACCCCUCCAGCCCCAUAAGUACUGCUUAGACCGGCGGUCGUCCCAGUAAACACGACACAAAAGCAGAAUAAUAAAUAUCAUUAAAAGC